UGCUGUUGAUUGUGGUUGCUCGACUAUUGACAACUGAAGGACUCACUGCCCCUCGGCGCUCAGCAAGCCUGACUUGCAUAAUAUGUCUGGCAGCUCCGAUAUAAACGGGAUGACUCUGGCCCCCUCCAAAGCGCUUCCCGAGCUGCCUAACGGCGACGGCCAUCCCCAGGUGAACAACCAGGUCAACGUGCAUGCAGACGAUUCUAGGCCGGCACUGGGCCCGCCGACGCCCUCAAAGGGCACAAGCGCUCCCAUUGUCACUAUUGACUUUGGCUCCUCCACACCUUCGUCGGAGGCCGACGACCGGCAAGAAACCGCAUCACCCAUUCAGAUCGACCCUGGCACCUCGACGUCCAGCUUACAAGACGUCGUCCUGGAUAAUCCACCACCAGAGCACACUAUCGAUACUGUCAUGAAAGAGGACACUCCGUCGCACUCACCGAGACCCUCCUCCCCGGCUGCUACCUAUCACACGUAUCCGGCAGCGCCGUCUUCGCCUGUCGUUCCUGGGGCGUCGACACAGACUCCUGGUCGUCGGUCGUCAACAGCCAUGUCCACCAUAUCUCAAUCGUCCGGCUCGGUGAUUUCCGCUGUGACCGUCAGCUUGACAUCAGCAUUAGAACUCAUCAGCUCGUCUCGUGAAGCUAAACGCUCAAAAGACUUUCUCACCUCAACGCAGCACGCGCUGGAGCUCACCCGGUCUCGACAAGCUACGCCAACCAGGUCACGAGAAAUCUUCGAGCCUCUGCGAUUAGCUUGCGAAACAAGGAAUGAAAGACUACAGAUCGCAUCCAUUGACUGUAUCGCAAAACUCAUCUCACACUCUUUCUUUAUGGAAACAACGCCGCAGAUUAAGACGACCUCUCCGCUUCAGUCGCCACGUGUACCCAAUACUCCACCUGUCAUUGGCCAAAACGUUGAUCAGAGAUUGCCCUUUCCAGAUCUCAUCACACAUACGAUAACCGCUUGUCACACCGAGUCGACCCCGUCUACUGUAAGCCUCCAAAUUGUCAAAGCUCUGCUUGCCCUGGUCAUGUCCCCAAGCUUGCUGGUUCAUCAUUCGUCUCUGUUGAAGGCAGUCCGUACUGUCUAUAAUAUAUUUCUUCUCAGCAGCGAUAGUGAAAGCCAAGCUGUCGCGCAAGGCGGACUCACCCAAAUGGUCCUGCACGUCUUCGCCCGUUGUCGCAUACCUAGCGCAAUCAACGGAGAUGCCAGCUUCAGGUCCAUUACGCCAAAUCUGGAAAAUGCGGAUGACGACGAAACAACAUCACCGGCGAGAUCGACGAACGGAUCAGCAGCUGCAUCACUGGCUGGCGAGUCUUCACAACUGCAUGCACCACCGUCUAUGCCAGACGUCGAACGAAGUAGCCUCCAAGUUUCGUCUGGGGACACCACGAGUGAGGCAAGCCAAGGAGGGGAGACGAAUGGACUGGAAACCUCUGUGCCAGAGGGGAUAAGCUUGGUCAAUAAUUCCACAGGCAUUGGAGAGACGAGACCAUCACAGCUACCUGCAUCAGCUGAGCGUCCAGUCUUAACCUUGAGUUCAUUCGAAAAUCCGAAUCCCCACGAUCAGAUGGGUGAUGGGGAUCUACAGACUGGUGUCCCGAAACAUGUGACAACGAACGAUCUCUUCAUCAAAGACGCCUUCUUAGUCUUUCGAGCGCUAUGCAAGCUGACCAUGAAGUCUCUGGGAACGGACAGCGAAAGAGACAUCAAGUCUCACGCCAUGCGAUCCAAGUUACUAUCACUUCAUUUAGUCUUGACCAUUCUUACGGCACAUAUGCCUAUAUUCGUUGAGCCUUCAGUUGCCAUCCCUUCAGGGUCGUCAAGCGAAACCACACCAUUCCUACAGGCAACCAAGCAAUAUAUUUGUUUGAGCCUGAGCCGAAAUGCUGUCAGCCCUGUCCCGCAGGUAUUCGAGCUCAGCGUCGAAAUCUUUUGGAGGGUCAUGUCGGGGAUGCGCACUAGAUUGAAGAAAGAGAUAGAGGUAUUGCUCCACGAGAUCUUCAUUCCAAUCUUGGAAAUGCGCAAUUCUACUAUCAAGCAGAAGUCAGUAGUAAUGGGCAUGUUCCAGCGUUUGUGCGAAGAUCCUCAGGCAGUGGUGGAGUUAUACCUGAACUACGAUUGUGACCGGACCGCAUUGGAUAACAUUUACGAACAUCUGAUGAACAUCAUAUCUCGUCACAGUUCAACUUAUCUUACCAUACUGCAAGGGAAAAGCGCCGAUCUGAAUAGCACAUCCAUCAAACAGGCCAAAUUCGGUGUCGACGUUACUUCUAUUCCUCCAUCUUACAGUACAGCCGCUGUCAGCGCUGCCGAUGACGCAUCAACAUCGGUCUCAGAAAGCACACUGAAGCUUCAGAGUCUGGAAUGUUUGGUCGCAGUUCUGCGAUCUCUAGCAACUUGGGGCACAACAACGAACGGAGGAAUCAGUCUUGAAAUUCGACAGAAUGGAAGUGACGAUCGCCUGAUUAACGCGAGUCAUCCAGAAACAGCCGGCCUUGCAACCCCCUCCCUCGAGAGAUUACCCGAUCGAAUUUCUACCCCUGAUAGCUCUGACGACCCCGAAAAAUUCGAAAGCGCGAAGCAGCGGAAGACCACAUUGUUGGAGGGCAUUAGAAGAUUCAACUUCAAACCCAAACGAGGUAUUCAAUUUCUCAUCGAGAAUGGCUUCAUUCGCAGUAAAAAUCCCAAGGAUGUGGCGGCCUUCUUACUCCACGCUGAUGGUCUGAGCAAGACCAUGGUUGGGGAAUAUCUGGGUGAAGGCGAUGAUGAGAAUGUAGCGAUCAUGCAUGCAUUCGUGGAUAUGCUGGAUUUCACAAACCUUCCUUUUGUGGAUGCCCUUCGACUUUUUCUGCAGUCAUUCCGGCUACCAGGCGAAGCCCAGAAAAUCGACAGGUUCAUGCUCAAGUUCGCAGAGCGAUACAUUGCUGGCAAUGUGCAUACGUCAUUUGCCAACGCCGACACGGCCUAUGUCCUAUCAUAUUCUACGAUUCUUCUCAACACGGAUGCCCACAACCCACAGGUCAAAGUACGCAUGUCUAAGGCGGAUUUCAUCCGGAACAACCGUGGUAUAAACGAUGGCUCCGAUCUUCCGGAAGAGGUGUUAUCGCCUAUCUAUGACGAAAUCGUAUCGAACGAAAUCCGCAUGAAGGACGAAGCAGAAUCCUCUGCUGGCCAGGUCAUACCGUCUCAGGGACUAGUCAAUGCACUAGCGAACGUUGGAAGAGACCUGCAACGGGAAGCCUACGUCAUGCAGUCCCUUGGCAUGGCUAACCGGACAGAGGCACUAUUCAGGAAUCUAAGUCGGACACAAAGACGCGGGACACCACGCCCGAGCGAGCAAUUCUUUAGUGCAUCUCAUCAUGUACAUGUGCGGCCCAUGUUUGAGGUAGCUUGGAUGUCCUUCUUGGCCGGAAUAUCUGGACCUAUGCAGGACACUGACGAUCUGGAUGUUGUGCUUCUGUGUCUAGAAGGCUUCAAGCACGCAAUUAGAAUUGCUUGCUUCUUUGAUCUCGAUCUAGAAAGGAAUGCAUUCAUGACGACACUGGCCAAAUUCACAUUUCUCAACAACCUGGGUGAAAUGAAGGUGAAGCACAUGGAAGCAAUCAAGCUCUUAUUAGAGCUGUCAACAUCAGACGGGGUCAAGGACAACUUGAAGGGGACGUGGCACGAGAUCUUGAGUUGCGUCAGUCAACUGGAGCGCUUGCAAUUCAUCAGCGAUGGUAAUGAAGGGGUCUCUGCAACCCGAAAGAGUCAAACGCAGAGGAAGUCACAACUCCACCGCUCGAAGAAACCAGUAGAAGAGCUUGCGCACGCUAGCAGAUCUACCCAGAUCACUGUAUCGGCGGAUAUGGUGUUCAGCUGGAGCGAGAAACUCAGUGGGGCUGCGAUUCUGGACUUCGUUAAGGCCCUCUGUGAUGUGUCGACUGAAGAAAUCCAGUCUUCCGGGAUGUCCGAACGACCGCGACUUUUCAGCCUGCAGAAGCUUGUGGAGAUAUCGUAUUAUAAUAUGAACCGCAUUCGUAUCGAGUGGUCAGGCCUUUGGAUGAUUCUAGGCGAGCAUUUUAAUCAGGUCUGCUGCCAUAAUAAUCCAUCCGUUGCUAUCUUCGCCUUGGAUGCAUUGCGACAACUCGCGAAGCGUUUUCUGGAAAAAGAAGAGUUGCCUCACUUCAAAUUCCAAAAAGACUUCCUCAAGCCAUUCGAAUACACCAUGAUUCAUAAUUCUAACCCCGAUGUCCGAGAGCUGGUCUUGCAAUGUUUGCAUCGACUUAUCCAAGGCCAGGUGGAGAACAUGAGAUCUGGCUGGCGGACGAUGUUUGGCGUCUUUUCAGCGGCCUCGAAAGUACCAAAUCUCGGCGUUGCAAAUUAUGCCUUUGAGAUUGUGACUCAGCUUUACAACGACCAAUUCGCCGCCAUAGUCCGCUAUGGUUCAUUUGCAGAUCUUACGGUCUGUCUGACGGAUUUCUCCAAAGUUAGCAAGUUCCAGAAAAUCAGUCUUCUUUCCAUCAAUAUGCUUCGGAGUGUCAUCCCGACUAUGCUGGAUACACCCGACUGCUCUCUCAAGUCCGGACCUGAUGGUGGUACUAAUUUCGCAACCAUUGAUGACCCUAUGAUCCGUUUCUGGUUUCCGGUGCUAUUCAGCUUCUAUGAUAUCAUCAUGAAUGGGGAGGAUUUGGAAGUUCGACGUUUGGCGCUAGACUCCCUCUUCGACGCCCUGCGAGCUUAUGGUAGCACCUUCUCAGCUGAAUUCUGGGAUAUGGUCUGUCGCGAGAUUUUAUUCCCCAUCUUUUCGGUUCUUCGUUCCCAGGACCUUUCUCGCUUUAGCACCCAGGAAGACAUGAGCGUGUGGUUAUCAACCACAAUGAUACAAGCCUUGCGAGAACUGAUCAAUCUUUAUACACAUUAUUUUGAGACCUUGGAACGGACUUUGGACGGGCUGCUCGAGCUACUCGUUGUUUGCAUUUGUCAAGAAAAUGAUACACUCGCACGUAUUGGGACAUCCUGCUUUCAGCAGCUACUCGAGCAGAAUGUUCACAAGUUAAGCCCUCAGCGAUGGGAACGCGUCAUCACCACAUUUGUCAAGCUUUUCAAGACCACCACUCCGUACCAGUUACUAGACGAGUCUCUUAGGACUGACCUGGAGGACGUGAAUGUAGGGGAGGUCACAGGAGCAGAGUCACCUGGCCCCAAUAUAAUACCGGCACCCUUAUCCUCAGAUUCCGGACCGCGGCAGAACGAUAUCUCAGCGGCGCAGCGAAAGCAGACAUUCAAACAGAUCAUCGUGAAAUGCGUUCUUCAGCUAUUGCUCAUUGAGACGACACAUGAACUCCUGCAAAACGACGAAGUCUACAGUACCAUCCCACCAGAGCACUUGCUCCGACUAAUGGCUGUUCUCGAUCAGAGCUACCAAUUCGCUCGGGACUUCAACGCAGACGAGGAAUUGCGGAAAGGUCUCUGGAAGGCAGGUUUCAUGAAGCAUUUGCCCAAUCUCCUGAAACAAGAAUCGAGCAGUGCCGCUACGCUAGUUAAGGUUCUCCAACGCAUGUAUGAGGACGAGCGCGUCGAUCGGGAGGGCGGGCGUGGGCGAAUUUCUGAGAGGCUAAUUCCGCUGUGCUUAGGGAUUUUGAAGGACUUCAAUGGUCUCCGCGCUGCAAAACAAUCCAAAAGCAUUGUUACUUGGUCGCCCAUCAUUGCGGAAGUCCUCCAAGGUUUCUCCAACUUGGCUGAUGGUGACUUCGAUUUAUACCUUUCUGCAUUAUACCCUCUAGCAACAGACCUGCUGGCACGCGACCUUACGCCCGAAGUCAGGGAAGCUCUUAGAAGGGUCUUCCUGAGAGUGGGUAUUGCCAAGGGCAUAACAGCAGAAGUGCACACGGAAUGAGUAUGUUCCCGUUGUAUACAUAAUUCCAUUGAUUUUUC